AUGAGGCAUGCCCCCAAAGAGGAGGAGUCCAACCCAAUGGAUUCCAAGGGGCAUACUGACUUGGUUGCCAUGAUGGAGAAGGAACUACAACAGGAGAUUUUACCUGGGGAAAACUAUGAUAGAAUGAAUGGUGAGGAGUCUAGUGGAGAGGCUGUUGAAGAUGUGGCAUCAACGAAACCAUGGCUACACGAUCAAGAAGAUCGCAACAAGAGAACCAUAACGGACUUAUACAAAGCCAUAACCUCAGAGGACACCAACACAAUGCACCGUCUUCUAGCCCCAGACUUGGAGUGGUGGUUCCACGGCCCACCCUCCCACCGCCACCACCUCAUUCCUCAUCUCACCGCCACCACCUCCUCUUCCUCCUCCAAGCCUGUGCUGGUUCCUGACCUCAUCGUUGGCUUCGGAUCAGUGACCAUCGCUGAAGGGUUCGACGAGACCAACUUGGUGUGGUGGGUGCACGCGUGGACCACCACCGCAGACGGCGUCAUCACGGAAAUUAGGGAGUACGUCAACACCUCCGUGACUGUCACCAGGCUCGGCUUCCAUGGCUCGGACGAUGUUGUUGCUUCUGCCAUGUGUACAAGCGUUUGGCAGAGCAAGCUUUGCGACGAGUCUGUUCCAGGACUCAUUCUCGCCAUCUAGUGAAGUGAAGUUCUAAAAGGGUUGGUUGGUUGGUUGUUUCUGAAGUUCCCUAUAUAUCUGUCAGUGUAGUGU